GCUUGACAGACACCUGCAGCGCAGUCGCAACUCCGCACAGUGUGACACGGACUCCCGAGUGAAGAUGCUCUCACAGGCUCUUCAGCCGUUCACCGAGGAGCCACUGAGCCACGGACGGUACAGAGCGCACUGGUCUGCUCAGAGUGAAACAAAAAUAAUGUAGAAGACUGAACCAAUUAACACAGGCUAUAACAGAUUAAGAAGGGAUCUCAGUUGCUGGCUGCUUCAGAUGCAUUUUACUUGGAAAGCAGACACUUGGUAACACUUCUCAGUGUGGGUACACUUUGGAUCUGUACUGAUGGAUUUCUAUAACGGGUCAAAUUUUUCUCUCGGAGACAGCAAUUUAACAACAACAGCUGUGGAUGGGGCCCUUUACUGUAGUGCCAUACUCCCUGUCAUAUUUGGCAUCAUCUGUUUUCUUGGUAUUAUGGGGAACUGCAUUGUCAUGUACACCAUCAUGAAGAAGACCAAGUGCCGUGCCAAACAAACUGUUCCAGAUAUCUUUAUUUUAAAUGUAUCAAUUGUUGAUCUCCUGUUUCUCCUUGGGAUGCCAUUCCUCAUCCACCAGUUGCUGGGCAAUGGUACCUGGCACUUUGGAGCCACAAUGUGUACUGUCAUCACUGCGCUUGACUCCAAUAGCCAGAUUGUCAGUACUUACAUCCUGACUGCAAUGACACUCGACCGUUACCUGGCUACGGUCCAUCCUAUCCGUUUCAACUAUGUCCGCACACCCUGUGUGGCGGCGUUGGUCAUUGGCUUGGUGUGGGCUCUGUCUUUACUCACCAUCAUCCCUGUGUGGAUGUACGCAGGCCUGAUGCCUCUUCCAGGUGGCCUGGUGGCCUGUGCACUCCUCCUGCCUGACCCAGUCAUUGACACAUACUGGUUUACGCUUUACCAGUUCUUCUUGGCCUUUGCCAUACCCCUGGUUAUCAUCUGCUUGGUGUUCUUCAAGAUCCUCCAACACAUGUCCACCAGUGUGGCACCGCUACCUCCACGGAGUUUGAGAGUGCGCACCAGGAAGGUGACCCGUAUGGCAGUGGCCAUCUGCCUGGCUUUCUUCAUUUGCUGGGCUCCUUACUACAUCCUCCAGCUGGUCCACCUAGGGGUACAGAAGCCUAGCCUUGCUUUCUCCUAUGCGUACAACAUAGCCAUUAGCAUGGGCUACGCUAACAGUUGCAUCAACCCAUUCCUCUACAUUAUCCUCAGUGAGACCUUCAAAAGGCAGUUCCUCAGAGCCAUUCGUCCGGUCAACAGAAAGUUCCGUGUGAACCCAAGCACCACUGAUGGUGCCAGCAUGAGUGUGAGGAUGAUACCUGAGGGGGCUCAGCAGGAGCAAGCCUCUGGGGAGAUGAUACCAUCAAAUGCAGCCCCACAAUGAAUAAGAAUCAGUGGCUAUUAAUCAAAGUAUAUUUAUCACCGGGUGUGCAGUUGAUAAGCCCUACUGGGACAUUAGCACAAGGACAGAUACACAUACUGCUUGUGAGCAGUAAUGUCAGCUCAUCAAGCCCAAUCGACCAUGUUAUUUAAACAGCAUGUCUGCUAUUUUUCUGCAAAGACCUGAUUAAAAUGCUAUUUCCCAUCAUUCUUAAUCAUGCAAAGCCCAGUGUCACUGAUUUACAGAUUAUCAUUUUUUGACAGAGCUUGCUGCAGUUUCUCACCUUGGCCUGAGUACAUUUCAGUUUAGUGAUUCACACCUACAAAGAAGACACGUUUAAUUAAUGGGACGCUCACAGUAUAGUCAUAUAGGCCUAUUUGUCAUAUUAGUUCAAAUAACAACUCAUUGUAAAGCAAAGUUCAUCUUACUUACCUCACACAUGAUUUCAUAGCCUGUGUUUGUUAAUGGCAAACAGUCAGUGAACAUGAGAGUGCAUACAACUGCUGCUAGCCAAUAACAUAUAUUGACUCUGUGAGCUCCAGAUGUUCCUCCAGGCUGCCACUUCUCUGCCCCAGUUUCUAUACAUUUAAGAAAUAGAUUAAUACAUCUUAAGUAAGCACACAUUUAUGUAACAGGGGAGAAAUGCUCAAUCUGUGCUAUUUCUUUCCUGCAGUUCACACCAUCUGGAUUAAAUCCACAGCUUUAUCUCUCUGCUUACUUUGGUAAACCUGUUUUAUGUUAAUUCUGAACAUACCUCAACACUGCUGGUAAAGCUGUAAUAUCAAUGAGUAUAAUAUCCUUAUUUUCAUGGAUUGAAAAACAGUGAACCUAAUUCAGUUUAAUUUCAACAGGGAACAUAUUUUUCCAGACUGGAUCAUCGUCCGGUCAAAUGUUUAAAACUAGUAACUCUACCUAAAUACCAACAGGUCAUGGCUGAUAUGCUACCUUGUGAUAACAAGUGGAGUAAAUGUAAAAUAAUUGCUUCUUGGGGGAGUGAGCACUACAUUUAAUACAAGGAGCCUAUGUAGGACAUAAAGUACAGCACACAAGCUGAUACAUGUCACUAAAAACAGCCAAUAUAACACAGUAUACCAAGCAGCUGCCUACAGCUUUGGCUAACAUUUCAGCUGUGCAUUUGAGACAUAUACCUGUAUGAUUGCUUUACAGGUAAUAGAAAGACUUGUAUGAAAUGGGUUGUGAGCUUUAGGAACAUUACGAGUUUGUGUAUAAAGAUUAAUGCAAAUUCUACCGAGGUUGUCAUGAUGCAUUUGGUUUGUUUGGUUUGUUCUUGUGUCCUGUGACUUUCUGAUGUCAUGUCAUGUCAGCUGAAGAACAUGAAGGAUGCAGAAUGAGACCAAAGAAAUGUGCUGGAACCUAAACUGUUAAAUACAGGGAUACAUCGGAUUCAGUAGCAAUGCUGCUUUGAGGAAUUGUGUUACAACAUUCAACAGACCUCUUCUCUUUUGGGGAAAAAAGACACUAAUUUAAAUAUAUGCCAUGGUUGCUCCGUGUAUGUGUUUCAGCAGUGCUUUUAAUUCAUUUUGCUCUCUGAAAUUUUGUAUGUAUUUGAAUCUGCUUGUCUAUUUGCUUAUUUGUGUGUUACCAGAAUAUCAAAAACUUGUUAACUGUUCAACAAAUUCACCCCAGGAAUUUGCAAUGUUAUAAUCACAAAAAAGAAAGAAAGAAAAAACCAAAUCCACACAAUUUAUUACCCCCACCCCCACCCCACCCCUUCCAGAAUACUUGUAAAUUUGACCACACUUACUUACUAGGUGUAAAAUAAUACAGUUGAAAGACAUUUUUACAAGCCAAAUAAAAAUAAAAUUAAACAGAUUUUUGUAUGUAUUUUGCAAUGAAAGCUGUAGUAUUUUCAGUGUCAAGUCCAGUGUCCAGUCCAGAAUUCAGUGCCAUGAAUGUAAAUGAAUGACUCUGUUCUGGAUGAGCUGAUUGAUGUCAAAUCUAUAGAAGCGUGCCAUUUUGCUGAUUAGGUGUUGUUAAUGUUGUUGUACUGAUAUUAAGUAAUAUUAUGUGCAGCUAUGAUGGUGAAAGUAUAUGUUUGGGAAUAUUAAAUAUUAAGUCACUGAAUAUGAAACUCAGGGUUUCUCAACCUUUUCUGGUCCUGUGACCCAGUUUUCAGAGUCUCAUAACUGUCUUGAUGCCAUCAAUUAGAGCUGUCAAACUGACAUCAAAAUUUCCCACUUUUGUAUUGUAUUUUUAAGAGGGCAGAGACCACUCUGAAUUGAUUGUACACAGUAAUGAUGACAUGGUUUAAUGCUUUUUUUGAAAUUAAAAUCAUACAUCCAAUACUCUGUUUAUCAGAGGACCAGAAAUCCUGCAUGACCCAACCUGCUUAUCAAACAACAUUGUGCAGGGUCCCCACACUGAGGAUGAGAAACUCUGGUGUAACUGUUGUUCUCUCUCAAAAUGUCAAAAUGUGUAACUUUGCUUAGUCGUUGAUGAAACAAUACCUUGUGGGCCACGCAGUCUGUACUGUUGUGAACACUGACAGUGUAAUAAAUCAAUAUGUAUGCUGUAAAAUAAAUAUUUAAAAUUUGUAUGAAACUGAA